AGUGAGCUGCCUGUGACAGAAGCCAUCUGCGCAAGAGGCCCUGCAAGCUACACAGAUGGCAUUUAGGAAUGUGUGCUGAAAGCUUGCAUGGUCUGUGCCAUGAUUCCCUUGGUACAUUGUGUACAUCACAAAACUGCAGCCCAAGUGACCUCACAGGGCUCAGCUGGAUCCAGAAGCUAGGGAGACAUUUGGUCAUGGCUAACAUGACAGGAGGACUAUUCAGCAUCCUAGAGACAAUGAAGGAUUUGCGUGCUACUGCUUCCACCACCAAUAUGCCUUUGCCUCUUUUCCCCCACUCUCAAAGCUGAAGCCAAGGCAAGAGUCUUACACAAAUGAAUAGGAGGUCUGUUCCAAGCAGCUGUGCUUUCCCUUCCCACCCAGCAAAUGCACGGGAGAAUCCAGAAAGCUGCAGAGACUUGAUCUCUUGUGCGGGCUGAAGAGGACCGAAGAGAAAACCCAGGAAAUUAAAUGAUGGAAUCAGAAGCAGAAAUGAUCAACCUUCAUCCCUCUAAUCCUGGCUCCAGGACAGAAAGCAUCAUCAACAUAAACCAUUACGCUACAAAGAAAAGCGUGGCUGAGAGCAUGCUGGAUGUGGCCCUCUUCAUGGCCAAUGCUGCCCAGCUGAAGGCAGUACUGGAACAAGGGCCAUCCUUCCAAUAUUACGCAGCCCUGACAGCUCUCAUCACCAUUUCUCUCUUCUUCCAGACAGCCAUUGGGAUUCUCCUUAUUAUUAUGGCCCGGUUGAACCUGAAUGAUGUAGCAAAGCAACAACGCCUGGACUUGCUCAACAACAUUGCCACAAUCCUGGUUUUUGUCACAGUCAUUGUCAACAUCUUCAUUACGGCCUUUGGGGUGCAGAAGACAGGCCUCUAUCCAAGCCCUUACGGUCGGAGACUGUACUGAGCCCUGGAAGAAUAAGGAGGGGAGGGCUGGAGGACGUGGUGGAUACCCAGGAUGCCUUUCUGUCAUUUUAGUGACCUCAGAUCUGAUGUUCCAUGUGUGGCAGGCAACGUCCUAUAGCUAAAGUGUAUUACAGGCUUAUGAGAGUUACUCCCCAGGGGCUGGUUCUCCAGUCAAUGUGCAGGUCUGAAGAGUCAGAAAAUUCUCUUCUGCCAUCAGAAAGCAGUCUUUUAUUUAACAAUGAGAAUUUCCUCUUCCCCGCCCACAGUUGUUUGCCAUCAUCCUCCAAUGAGAUCCACAUGUAGUUCUGCACAAAGGUUGCAUACAACUUAGUCUUGCCUAGCUAGUAGGAAAGGGAGCCAUACUAAAGGAUGUAAAACCAUCCUUCAGUGGUAGCAGAAGCAGUCCUUAUAAAGUGGCAGUAGUUUAAAAAAUGAAAAUACAAAACUUGAUUAUAGCUGCAAUAAGUACAAAACGUGCUACAACUAGUCAAGCCAAAGAUUAGAGCAAAGCAAAGAUUAAUCUCAAAGCAUAUCCAGGGUGCAGUGAUGUGUUAUGAAUCAAGAAAUUAGUGAACUGAAUAAUGAAUUGAAUGAUGCCUUCCAUGAGCACAGAGCUUGACCCCUCACCAAACCAGACAAAAGGCUGCCCCAUGUCUCUGAUUGGAAGCAAGCAACACAAGAUAGCAGUGCACCUCUCUAGCUAACCCCAGGUGUUUCUGCUGAUUAUGUUUGGCUCACCUCUCCUAUGCAGACAACCUAGCCUUUGGAGGUAGUUUGUUUGGUGCAAUGACUCACAAAAGAACACAUGUCAUGGGUUCCUUAAUGGAUAAGGGAGCUAUUAAAUUUAAAUAUAUAUAGUUACAUCUAGGGAUGAUACAUAACUCCUGCUUUAGUUCAAAGAAAAGUCUGUCUCAACUGCCUUAAAUCUAAGGACUGCAACAUUACAUCACAGAGGUAGAAACUCACUUCCUGGAGUCUGCCUCCUGGAGUACCUGGAGUAGUAUGAGAGCUGUAGUCUGGGUGGGGGGAGAAGUUUCCUCAGCUCUUCAUUAUACCAAGGGGUGGGCAACCCAUGGUCCUUUGGCUGCAUGUGCCUUUGACCUAAUUUAAAAAAAACAGGCUUAGAGGAAUUCGUUUGGGCCUCUGGCAGAACCUGUUUCCUAGCAGUCCGUGUAGGCUUCAGCCUCACCCAUUGCCAGCAUGGUUAGGUUCACCUCCAAGGGAACAAGCCCCUCAGCAGAAAGGCUGCCCACUGCCGUACUACAUGAACAACCCUCUGGCCAUGAGCCAGGGAUCAGUGGUGGUACGCAGACUCCAGGGCAGACAGAGUCUGCCUCUUGCUAAGGUGCUGACACAAUAUAUGUGGGAUUCCCCUGCUAGGCAAAGGUCCCAUGUGAUGUUCAGCAGGAGAAGCAAUGCCACAUGCACAGACCAUGGGAAUCAGUACCCAUAAGUUCAAAUGGCUACCAUAUGUAAUAUGAAUCUUAAUUGUACUAUAUAUUUUGGUUAGUUUUGAUAGUUAUGUUCAUAUAAUGAUCAGAUCAGAGUAACCACCAGCACGUAUCUGGUGCUAUAUUACAUUUGAAACAUUUGCUAGUUUAAAUCAUAAUAUUGUUCAUAAUCAUGUGCAUCUGAAGGCUGUUCAAGUUAACCUUCUCUCUGUAAGUAGUUCAACAUUCUGGAAACACGUUUAUUUUUUCAAGACAGCUCUUUGUCCUUUUGUCCAUUAUUGUAAAAGGACUUACAAUAUUGUUAUCCUGCUUAGAACUGGACUUUCUCCUGCAUAUUUCAAAUAUUAUUUGAUUUCUCUUUAUUUAUUAAAAAGUAUAUUUUAUCUGAAGGUGUGUUCCUGGGUUCAUGAAUCCAAUUCAAUGCAGGGGAAUAGUUAGUGAGAGUCUUAGAACAAGUUCACACUCUGAGCAUUGCAGUUCAAUGUUUUAAAUUCCAAUCGCAACACAAUUGGCAAAACUGCAGCACUGCCCCAGUACCAGUGUCGAUUAACAGUAUGGAUAUAGUCUCCUUUGUGUGUGAAGUCCUCCCAUCUUUAAGGCCAAGGCAAGUUUCCUCAAUGACUGGUCUCUUCAAAGAGCACUGGCAAAAAAUAAAUACAGACCAAGGAUUGCUGCAGAAAGAGAUUUUUGCCUCGCUAAGGGCAAGGCUUGAAUGAAUGGUCAGUGCUGCUGAAAAAAAGUUAACUUUUCUUGUGUGUCACUUUCCUUGGACUUUCCAGGAGAACCCAGCCAUCAAGAGAAGAGAGAAAGUGACAUUUUAAAUGUUUCUACAAAUGUGUG